AACAAUAUCCGUCGCAACUAAAGGCACACUAAACCUAUCCUCAACGUUUUCAUUUAUUUAGUUUUAUUUAUUUAACUGAAAAUCAAUAGAAGGAACCGAAGGCCACUAAUACUGCUGUAUACAUGAAAAUAACUGUUAAGAUCAAAUUUUAAAAUUGUAUCAAAUGAUAAAAUUGUAUCAUGUAGAACAAUCUAAUUGAAUGAUACGGUUUUUAUACAUCAAAACAGACGAUGCAACCUCAUGAGCAAGUUAAUGGUUAUUUAUACUAUAAACGUCAUCAAUUGAAUUUUGAUUCAAUUUAGUAAUGGUGCAAACAAAGCAUUCUUUAUUGUCCAAUUUGUACAAACGAUUAAGACCUGUGAUAAGGUCAGAAUGAGAACCACGUAUAACAGGUGGAAUAUAGUUUAAUGCCAUCAGUAAAAAGCUUAAUGUCAAGCUCUUUUUAUAUGUCACUGAUAUCAUUGAUAAACGACAAAAAGUAGAUUCUUAUACACGACUUUAUGGAACAUUGUUUGUUAUAGAUAUAUAUUAAAAUAAUCACUAAUUAGCUCAUAUAUUAUAAAACAGUUAUGAGGUAAUUUCAUUAGAAACUUGUAUGUGAAACAGAAUUAAAAGCUUUCAUAAAAUCAAAAUAAAUAAUUUCAUUAGAAAUGUAGCUUUGCAGAUUUCAAGUUCAGCCAUGAAAAUGUUCUAGAAUGCUGUAAUCAAUCUACCAAUUGAAAUCAAUGGCUCUAAUCCUGACAAAAGGAAUGUAUCAAAAAAGAAUUAUAUGGAGGAUCUUAAAAAAGAGCUAGAAAUGAAUGAACACAAGAUUGAUCUUCAAGAUUUGCUACAUCAAUUGGAAACAAGCAUAGAGAAAGGGCUGAGUUCAAACAUUGUUGCUAGAAAUAUUAAGCGUGAUGGUUUGAAUAAUCUUGAAGAUAUUAAAACUACAUCUGAAUGGAUUAAGUUCUUAAAACAAAUGACAAAUGGUUUUGCAUUACUUUUGUGGGCUGGUGCCAUACUUUGUUAUAUUGUCAGCAUUAUUUCAUUCACAAGCCAACCAGAACCAUCAUAUGAUGAAGUGUAUUUGGGCUCUGCAUUGGCAAUUGUUGUUCUUAUUACUGGUAUUUUUUCAUAUUACCAGGAAGCAAAAAGUACCAAAAUAAUGAAAAGUUUUCAGAAACUUAUUCCUCAAGAAGCCACUGUCUUGCGUGAUGGUUUAAAAAUGACAAUAAAUCCCAGUUAUUGUGUAGUUGGAGAUAUUGUGUUUGUACAGUCUGGUGACACAAUUCCUGCUGAUAUUCGUAUUUUUAAAUCUAAUGGGAUGAAGGUUGACAACUCUUCAUUAACAGGAGAAUCAGAACCUCAAUCAAGAAAUACUGAAUGUACAUCUGACAACCCGAUUGAGACAAAAAAUUUGGGCUUUUUUUCUACUAAUGUGGUUGAAGGAGAAGGAGUAGGAGUUGUUGUUAAAACAGGCAACAGAACAGUUAUGGGUCGCAUUGCUAAUCUUGCAUCUGGAUUAGAAAGUGGAAAAACACCAAUCGCUGUAGAAAUUGAACAUUUCAUUAAGAUUAUUACAUUUGUUGCUGUAUUCUUUGGCGUACUCUUUUUUAUCAUUUCUAUGGCAAUGGGUUGUAAUUGGCUUCUUUCUAUUAUCUAUCUUAUUGGAAUCAUUGUAUCAAAUGUUCCUGAGGGUCUUCUUUGUACUGUCACAGUUUGUUUAACACUAACAGCAAAAAAAAUGGCCAAAAAAAAUUGUCUUGUAAAACAUUUACAAGCUGUUGAAACACUUGGAAGCACCUCAGUUAUUUGCACUGAUAAAACAGGAACUUUGACACAAAAUCGCAUGACCGUUGCUCAUGUUUGGUUUGACCUGCAGACUGUUGAGAUAAAUACAUCAGAAAAACAUACUGGUUUUGAAAAACAUCAUGGCUCAUCAACAUGGAAAGCACUUGCCAGAAUAGGAGCAUUAUGUAGCAAAGCCGAGUUUAAGGACAAUCAAGAUAAUGUCUUAAUAAUGAAAAAAGUUUGCACUGGUGAUGCAUCAGAAAUAGCCAUUCUGAAGUUUAUUGAAAACACUGUUGGAGAUGUCAUGAGCACACGUUCCAAAAAUAAAAAACUUGCAGAGAUUCCUUUUAACUCAACUACAAAAUAUCAAGUGUCUGUUCAUGAACAAGAAAAUAAUAAUAAUAAUAAUUCACAUUAUCUUGCAGUUAUGAAAGGUGCACCUGAGAGGGUUUUAGAAAAGUGUUCAUCAAUCAUGAUUGAUGGAAUAGAAGAACCAAUUAAUGAAGAUCUUGUAAAUAUGUUUAACAAGGCUUAUGAUUUCCUUGGUGGUUUGGGUGAACGGGUUUUAGGAUUUGCCCAUUGUAAUUUAUCUUCUCACCAAUAUCCUUAUGGGUAUGAAUUCAACUCAGAAGAGCCGAACUUUCAACUAGAUAGUUAUUGUUUUAUUGGUUUAAUGAGCAUGCUAGAUCCUCCCAGACCUUCUGUACCAGAUGCUGUUUGUAGGUGUAGAAGUGCUGGUAUCAAAGUAAUUAUGGUAACAGGUGAUCAUCCGAUUACAGCUAAAGCCAUAGCUAAAGGUGUUGGAAUUAUAUCUAAAGAAAUAGAAGUUAUUGAUGAUUUUAAAAUGAAAUUGAAUGUACCAAUAGAAGAAGCCAGUAAUGUUCAAGCAAAGGCAUGUGUGAUAAGUGGUGAUACGUUAAAGCAAAUGAAACAGGUUGAGCUUGAUAAUGUUUUGAAAAACUAUACUGAUAUUGUUUUUGCGCGCACUUCACCACAGCAGAAACUUCUUAUUGUUGAAGGAUGUCAACGCUUGGGUUCAAUUGUUGCAGUUACUGGGGAUGGAGUGAAUGAUUCACCUGCGUUAAAGAAAGCUGAUAUUGGUAUUGCAAUGGGUAUAGCUGGAUCUGAUGUUUCGAAACAAGCUGCUGAUAUCAUACUUCUAGAUGAUAAUUUUUCUUCAAUUGUCACUGGUGUUGAGGAAGGGCGUCUCAUAUUUGAUAAUUUAAAGAAAUCAAUUGUGUAUAGUCUGACCUGCAACAUUCCUGAAUUAACUCCAUUUAUUUUUUUUAUUAUACUUAACAUACCUUUACCACUUGGAGUAAUUCCUAUGUUACUAAUCUGUGUAGGCACAGAUAUUGUACCAGCAAUUUCAUUGGCUUAUGAACCAGCUGAAAAUGAUAUUAUGGAAUGCAAACCUCGAGACUCUAAACUUGAUAAGCUUGUUAAUUCUCGUCUUGUUUGCCAGUCAUAUGCUAUAAGAGGUGUUAUUGAGUCGUUUGGUGCUUUCUUAGCUUAUUUUAUUGUUUAUGGACAAAAUGGAUUUUGGCCUCUAUAUCUAAUUGGACUAAGAAGUAAAUGGGAUGAUAAAACUUUAAGUAAUGUUGUAGACUCUUAUGGGAGUGAAUGGACUUAUCACCAGCGAAAAGAAUUAGAAUCUACCGGCUACACAGUUUUUUUUGCUGCUAUUGUAGUUUGUCAAUGGGGUGAUCUACUUGCCAGUAAAACACGUCGUCUGUCUCUUUUUCAACAAGGAAUGAGAAAUCUUCUUGUAAUCGUUGCAAUAUUUUUUGAAACAGCUCUGGCUUGCUUAGCUAUUUAUACACCUAAAUUAAAUAAUGCUUUGAGUUUGCGACCUAUAAAAUUUUAUUACUGGCUGCCCGGUCUUCCCUUUUCUCUUUUGAUAAUUAUUGUUGAUGAGCUCAGAAAGUAUAUUAUCAGUCGUUGCCCUAAAGGUUGGUUCGAUAAAGAAGCGUAUUAUUAGAAUCUGUUUCAAUUGCUUUUUUGAUUAAUUAAGGUCCUCGCUUAGAGUUAGCAAAGUAUUCGAUUGCUUUAAAGUUGACAAGGAAACGCUAGUUUAAAAAAUGUUUUAAAAAAAUUAAAUCGUUUUUAUUUUUUUAUUUUAAAUAAGUUUUAAUUUUCAAUGAUUUUGUUUAACGUCUUUUUAAAAUAUGUAAUUUAUAUUUAUUCUUGCAUGAUGUUUAUUUUUGUAUU